AUGGGUUUGUCCACGCUUCUUUAUUGGGCUGGGUUGUCGGUGGGCGCCUGGGCCUCGGGAGCACCCAGACCUAAUGGCAGCAAAAUAUACGACUACAUCAUCGUCGGCGGAGGAACCGCGGGAAAUGCAUUAGCGACGCGUCUCAGCCAGGGACUUCCCGAAGCCAAGAUCCUCGUCAUUGAAGCCGGUCCAGCCGCGCUCGAUGAAGACGCCAUCAACGUCCCAGGACUCAAGGGAGGAAACCUCGGAGGGAAAUAUGACUGGAACUUUCCAACAGUACCACAGGCGGCUCUCAACAAUCGCACCACCGUGGUCAACAGAGGCAAAGUCCUCGGCGGCUCGUCCGCCAUCAACUUGCUCAGUUGGAACCGAGCGGCGGCUGUCGAGUACGACCAAUGGGAAAAGGUGGGAAACCCCGGAUGGAACUGGAAGUCCAUGAGCACCGCCAUGCUCAAGGCGGAGAACUACACUGGUGGUCCACCCGGUUCGGGAACAAAGGGACCAGUUCACGCCUCUGUAAGCCGUUACGUGCCCGAGCAUCAAAAGUUCUUCGUGCCCACGAUGGUUGGCUCACUGUCCAUCCCGGACAAUAACAACUCCCUUCAAGGGAAUCCUAUCGGCGUCAUGAUCCAGCCUAGCAGCAUCAACCCGACGAACUACGUCCGGUCCUACAGCGCCAACGCCUACUUGCCGAAGGCUGGACCCAACUUGGAAAUCCUCACGGACACGUUCGUAGCUAAGGUCAACCUCGAAAAGCAGACUCGGGCUAGCAGCACCUACCAAGCAACGGGCGUCACCCUAGCCAACGGCACCGUCAUCCGGGCUUCGCAAGAAGUCAUCCUCUCCGCCGGCGCGAUCCAGACCCCCAAUCUGCUCGAGCGCUCAGGCAUCGGCCGUUCAUCUGUCCUCCGGGCCGCCAACAUCACGCAGCUCAUCGACCUCCCCGGCGUCGGUGAGAACUACAAUGACCACCUGCGCUUGCAGCUCGUGUACCAGCUCAAACCGCAGUACCGCAGCUCCGACCUGCUCAAGUACAACUCCACCGCGGCCGCUGAAGAACUAGCCAAGUGGCGCGCCGGCAUCCCAUCCAUCAUGGAUGACAAAGCGGGCGCUUACGUGUUUGCCAACUGGGAGCAAGCCACCGGCAACAAGUCCAAAGCUGCCCGUCUUGUGGCUCUCGCUCGCUCCGUUGCAGCCAACCUCACAACCACCACCACCACCACCGACAAAAUCGGCCACGCCGGCCUGAAAACCAAACUAACCCUCCUCACCACCCCCUCCGUGCCCCAAGUAGAAAUAAUCUUCUCCGACGGCUUCGCGGGUGGCUACCUCUCGCCUUCCGACCCGCUCUACUCGCAGGUUCCCAAACCGCACUUCUUCAGUCUUCUCGUCGCCAUCCAGCACCCACUUUCCACAGGGUCGGUACACAUCGACACCUCUUCUCCUUUGCAUGGAAACCCCGUGAUAAACCCCAACUUUUUGUCAAACAAAUACGACAUGGCGGCUUGCAUCGCCGGUCUGAAGUUCGCUCGUCGCAUAGCCUUGUCUGAGCCCUUACGGAGUGUAUGGGUGGAUGAGUACAGUCCCGGGUUGGAUGCCGUGAAGAUGAAUGAUGAUGAGGCGUGGAGAGAGUAUGUGGUGAACACGAUGCAGAGUAUUUUCCAUCCGACCAGCACGGCGGCGAUGUUACCGAGGAGAGAGGGAGGGGUGGUGAAUGGGAAGUUGAGGGUUUAUGGGACCGAGGGAUUGAGGGUGGUGGAUGCGAGCGUGUUUGCGACGCAGUUGGGCGCGCAUGUGCAGACGGCGGUUUAUGGGGUAGCGGAACGGGCGGCGGAGAUGGUGAUAAAGGAGUCGAAUGGGCGGAGGGGGUAA